AUGAAGGUUCACUCAUCCUGGCGAUACAAUUCGCCGUUCGUCCAAGUCCUCUUGGUCUCCUUCGUUUGCUUCUGCUGUGUUGGUCAAUUCAGCGCCAUCGGAUCUCUCGGAGCCGGAGGAACCCAGUCCAUCACUCUGUCCAACAUCACCAAUGCAAUCCUGUAUGCCCUCUUCGCGUUGACCGGUAUCGUGGCCGGGUCCUUCAACAACCUCUUCGGUCCUCGUAUCACUCUCUUCUGCGGCUCGCUCGGCUAUGCUCUCUACGUAGCAGCACUCUGGGUCUACCAAGAGAAAGCGCAGGACUGGUUCCUCAUUUUCUCCGGUGCCGUCCUCGGCAUGUGCGCAGCCCUCCUCUGGACCGCUCAGGGCUGCAUCAUGCUCUCUUACCCUCUCGAGGCCGAGAAGGGACGAUCCUUCGCUUGGUUCUGGGCCAUCUUCAACUGUGGUUCCCUUCUCGGUGGUCUCAUCGCCCUUGGUAUCAACCUCAAGCAGGGCGGACUCGACGCAGUCAAGACCACCACCUACAUCGCUUUCUUCGCCGUCAUCAUGGUCGGUGUCGCCUCCACCUGGACCCUCCUCCCUCCCAGCCGCGUCGUCCGCACCGACGGCACGCUCGUCAAAGUGGAAAAGAGCAACACAGCCAGGCAGGAGAUCGCCGCUCUGCUUAGCACGCUCAAGAAGCGCGAGAUCCUGCUGCUUCUGCCCAUGUUCUUCGCCAGUAACUUCUUCUACCCUUAUCAAGGAUCGAUCGCUUUCAAGACAUUCGACUCGGCAACCCGAAGUGUCAAUGGUGUUGUGAAGGCGGUCGGUCAGAUCGUUGGUGCCUUGAUCCUUGGCUUUUUGCUUGACAAGCUGCCCAUGGGACGAAGGAACCGCGGCCUUGUUGGUCUUGCUGUCACUGCAUCCUUCACCAUCAUCGCUUACAGCUGGGGUGUCAAGUACCAGAUCCCCAUCACACGUGCUACUCACUGGGAGCGCAAGAUCAACUACCACGACUCCACCUUUGCCGAGCCCAUGUCCAUCUUCAUCCUUUACGACAUUGGCGAUGCCUUCUACCAGGGUCUUGCCUAUUGGAUCAUGGGUGCCAUCACCAACGACCCCUUCGAGCUCGCCCGAUUUGCCGGCAUGUACAAGGCUGUUCAGUCGGCCGGUGCUGCCGUUGCCUUUGCCAUGGACGCCACCUUGGUGCCUUACAUCAACGAGAUCGGUGCCGUGUUUGGCCUCAUGCUCUUCUCGUUCCCUUUUGCCGGUUUGGUCAUCUGGGGCAUUCGCGACUCGAACUACGAGGUUGAGAACCAGGUUUACGUCGACGAAACAGCCGCUGAGGAAAACAACACCAUCGCUGUCCUCGAAAGCGGCAACCAGGCCGCCCCUCAGUUCGACCGUCAGUCGUCUGGUAGCAGCGAAAAGAAGAUCUAG